GCCCGGCCGCCGUGAGCUUCCCGCCUCCGUGUCCCCGAGGCCGCGCCAUGCGGUGAGAGCCCCCUGCCCUACCCUACUCCACCCGACUCGACGGACGCGCGGCCCCGCCGACAUCCCCGGACCCGCUGACGCCCCAGGACCUGCAGAUCCCUCGGGCCCCGCCGCUCAAGAUGCCCAGAGGCUGCGCCCUCCUGCUCGCCUCGCUGCUCCUCGCCGCGGCCCUUUCAGCCACCCUGGGGCUCGGGUCGCCGGUGAAGGAAAAGAGAGGCUGGACCCUGAACAGUGCUGGCUACCUUCUUGGACCACAUGCCAUUGACAACCACAGAUCAUUUCACGACAAGCAUGGCUUCACUGGCAAGCGGGAACUCGAGCCUGAAGACGAAGCCAGGCCAGGAAGCGUUGACAGGCAGCUGUUGGAGAACAAUGUCGUGCGCACGAUAAUCGAGUUUCUGACUUUCUUGCAGCUCAGAGACGCCGGGGCCCUGGAGCGCCGGCCCGGUCUCCCCGCAGCAGUGUCCUCAGGAGACGUGGAGCAGUCCUAGGAGGCUCCCGGGGCGGGUUCGGCUCUUCGUUGUCAUUCGAAGUCAAGCUCGAAGA